CCAGCCCUGUAUUCCAAAGUCCUCCCAGUCAGGGUUCAGCACUGAACACAGACCGCUCACCAUGGACUUAGGGCUUAUACUGAUUUUCUCUGUCCUUAUUUUAAAAGGUGUUCUGUGUGAGGUGCAGUUGCUGGAGUCUGGGGGAGGCUUAGUGCAGCCUGGAAAUUCCCUGAAACUCUCCUGUGCAGCCUCUGGAUUCUCCUUCAGUAGUUAUGACAUGAACUGGGUCCGCCAGGCUCCUGGGAAGGGGCUGGAGUGGGUCGCAUACAUUAGUUACAGUGGUGGUACCACCAGGUAUACUGACGCUGUGAAGGGCCGGUUCACAAUCUCCAGAGACAAUGCCAAGAACACCCUAUACCUGGAAAUGAGCAGUCUGAGGUCAGAGGACACAGCCAUGUAUUACUGUACAACAGACACAGUGAGUGAAUGCUACUGUGUCCAGUUUGAGGUUCAGCUUGUGGAGUCAGGAGGAGGUUUGGUGCAACCUGAAAAGUCCCUGAAACUCUCCUGUUUGGCCUCUGGAUUCACCUUCAGUAACCACUGGAUGAGCUGGGUCCGCCAGGCUCCAGGGAAGUCCCUGGAGUGGGUUGCAUCUAUUUAUAAUAGUAAUAGCAUCUACUAUGCCGACGCUGUGAAGGGCCGAUUCACCAUUUCCAGAGACAAUUCCAAGAACACCCUAUACCUGGAAAUGGGCAGUUUGAAGUCAGAGGACACAGCCACAUAUUACUGUGCAAGAGACACAAUCCUACCCAUUUCACCAUUUCCAGAUUUCCAUAAUGGUCAGUUUUAA